AUGUGCGUGCACAGAUCCGGCGCAUUCCUGGAGCGGAACCGCCUGGCGCUGCGGGUGCCUAUCAACCUGACCAAGUUCGAGAUCCGGGAGUACCUGCGCAAGCUCUACGGAGCGCAGGUGAUCAAGGUGAACACGCUAAUUAAGGUGCCGCGGAUAAAGCGUGACCUGACUAGUAGGAAGCCGAAAUACUAUCGCAAUGGGCCUAUGUACAAGAAGGCAAUCGUAACACUGGAGCACUCUGUGCCUGACGAAGUCAAGAUGCUGGGCCGUGAUUUUGAGUUGGGUGUCAACCCCGCAAUAACAAAGAAGAACGUGCAUUACGGCAAAAAGAAGGACUACAGUUACCUCCCGGAUCGCAGUCAGGAUCCGCUGACGGGCGAGAUCCCGUACGGCUGGCGCCUGCCGAUCGCCAACCUUCUAGCAGACGACGACUGGGAGAUGCACCCGGAGCUUCGUGGCGAGUCCGACCACCUACGCAUGAGUCCUGAUCCGACCGAGCCACAUGUACACGGCGGAGCCUACACCGGGACAAAAAAACCGGAAAUUGUGCCAGAACAGACCUAUACUAUGGUAAACCUCACACCCUGGCGGCGGAAGCUUCAGCGCCAGGACGCGGCUGACAAAGACGCCAUCGGUCCGGCGACACCGACGCCGUGGCGGUUUCCGAAGGAACACUAG